GAAUACUUAAAGAUAACACCAUAUAUGAUCAUGAUGCCUUCAGCUGUUCGUAUUUAGAAGUUGUUUUUGAGAUUCUAGUAACUAGUUUCCUUCUCGCAGACGAAUGGCAUUGUUUGGUCCAAUGUAAACGAUUUUCACAAAAUGUAGCAAGAAGCAACGCAAAACAUUUUGCCUGGCUUGGGUUAUUUCACUGUGCAUAAUAAGACACCAGAUAUAUGGUUUCCUGAUGUGAUAACAGAGAAUUGUUUCUAUGGAUGAAUGCAUUUAUGUGAAGUUGGUGGCUGUAGAGCAGCAGGGCAAUGGAAGGCCCCCAGCAAAUGAUGGAAAACACAGAAUCUCUUGUGCCAGGGACAGGAAUAGACAGCAUCACCUUUUUAUCCAGUCUGGCCAGCAGUGGUACAGGACUGGUCUCAUCUUCGCUUGCUGAUUCUACAUUUGCAUACACACUUUCCAGCCUGCCUUUGUCUUUGGCAGGUACGAUGGCCAAGGAGCAGAGGGAUCUGGGCAUUAAUGGCCCUGACCUCAGCUUAGCUCAGAAUGCCAUAGAAACUCUGGCACGCUUGACAGAUGUGGAGCCACUCAAAUCUGACUUGAGCAAGCAGCUCUUGGAGGAUAAAGGCUUGUCUCCUCUGAAUAUUUUGGUGCCAGCAUAUACAGAUGCAGGACAGGGUAGUCCUGCUGGGGGCUCCCAGACUGGAUUACCAGUUCUUCAUUAUAGGCCUGCUGGCAGUGGAGGAGACACCAUGCUCAGUGCCAUCAACUACACUGACAACGAGAUGCUGAACGACAGUGCCUUUGACAUCAACAACACCACGUCUGCUGGCCUGAACCAACUGGAUGACAAUUUUCUUGGGCUUGGCAACCCAGCUUCUAAUUUGCGGCUGCAAGAAGCCCAGGGGGGCAAUGCUUUUGACUUGUUUGAUGGAGAUGCACUUUCACCUUUUGGAGAUACAGGUCUUGCCAUCGAAGCUGGAUCUUUGCAGGGAAUAGAAAAUGAACGAAGUACAGAUAAUGCAUUUGAAGACUUAAGGGGGGCUGGUAAAAAUUCUGCAAACAAGAAAGGUUCGCAGCAGAGUGGUUUAGGCUCGCCUGGAAAGUGUACUGCCCAAUGUCCCACCUGUGGAAAGCAGUUUAACAAUGUUAGUGCCCUUGCCAAACAUCGCCUCACACAUUCAGAUGAGCGAAAGUACUUGUGCACAGUCUGUAACAAAGGAUUUAAAAGACAGGAUCAUCUCAAUGGACAUCAAAUGACUCAUUUGGACAAAAAACCUUUUCAGUGCCAAGUGGAGAAUUGUGAUAAGGGUUACUGUGAUGCACGCUCAUUGCGACGUCAUUUAGAGACUUACCAUCACUUACCCUCUGACAUCAUCCAGAACCAUGUGCAGGCUAGUAUGGCUGCUUCGGGCAUCACGCCUCCCUCUCAGCGUAAUGGCAAGAGUCGUUCAAGCGAUGGAGGGACAGGCAAGUUAACAACAUCAGACCAAGGGACUCAGCGUCUUAUCAGUUCACCAUCUUACAGUGCCAGCUCCACGCCAUCACCCAGUCCAGGCUCAGGUGGCCAGAACCAGUUUUUUCAUUUUGAGGUGCAGGCCAACAAAGCAGGGGGUACAGGGGGUAGUGUUUCUGUCAAAGUGGAUCCUUUGGAUGCAGGGGAUUUACAGCUGCAUAAGCUGCAGCAAUUCCAAGAAAUAGCCAUGCAGCAGCAGCAGACGACAUUGCAGGCAUCAGCAGUUGCUGCUGACCAGAACCAGUCACAAUUCCAGGUGCAGUUCCAGCUUCAGCAGGCUCCGGCAAGUUUUCUUGCUGUUGUGCAUCAAGCUCAGCUGCAGCUUCUGCAACAACAGCAGCAGCAGCAGCAGAAAGCAUCAGAGCAAAAAGGCACAGUACUAAAGCAACAACAGAUAAAGGCAGCUAUAGAAGGAAAUGUAAAGAUGCAAGAAUCAUCUCCCCAAUCCAGGGAUGUUGCUGGAGGAGAUGGAGGUUCUUCGCAGCAGUCAGCAGAUUCUUGGCAAGAUCGCGCCCAGAUCUACAAUUUUGUAGGCACGCCAGGUUCUGGAGAUCAAUCCCCAACAUCUCUAAGUGGAGAUGCCUCACCUGGGCUGGUACAGCAGAUGAGUCCCAGUCCGAGUCCAAGCUCAGCAAUGCCUUCAAGCCCCCUUCAGAAUGCUCAGCGUCCAAACUGGUCCAGUGCAGCUGCUGACAAGAACGGUGAUGAAGGAAAAUGCCCUGUGCAGUGCAAUGUAUGUCAGCGCCGCUUCAAAACUAUUCCAGCUUUAAAUGGACACAUGCGUCUUCAUGGGGGUUACCUCAGAAAGGAUGAUAACAAACGCUCGUCUAGCAAGAAAGCAUCUACCUCUUCAUCUUCCUCGUCCUCACCAUCUACACCCACAGAUAUGGGUCCACCCCCUCCACCCCCUCCUCCUCCACAGCAGCUAUCCUUACAGCCACCAUCAGCCUCACCUCAGCCACAAUCCCCUACACCUACAACAGGCACACUUCAGCCUUUGCCACCAGUGGCACUUUCCACAACAGCAUCGCCUCAGGUGACUGAUCUGCAUGCGAUGCAAACAUUCUACCUGACAGGCUCGCACACACUACAGCCUGUCAGCAUCAGCCAUCUGGCAGCAGCAGAUGUCAUUCAGCAACAACAGAUGCUGCAGCAUCAGCUUGAACUUCAGAUGGCUCAGCAGCUGAAGGAGGAGCAAGAUAUCCGUUCAUUAGAAGAACAGCUAAAGCAAAACAUUCAUGAGCAGAACAUACAGCAACUGUCAUCUCUUGCGGAAGUAUCCUCUUUACCUGCCAUUAGUCAGGUGCAGGCCACUCCAAUCUCUUUGUCCCAGGUCACUGAUGCCCUGGGUGAUGUCUCUCAUGCUUUAUCUCCACUACGAGCAGCAUCACCUCAAACACAGCAAGCAGAGCACAUACAGCGCCUUGUGGAGGGCUUCCAGCAGGUUGAAGAGUUACACCGUCAGCAACAGCAGCAGCAACAACAGCAGGUUACAUUACAAGUUCCACAACUGACGGCUCUGCAGAUUCAGCAACUGCAGCAGCAGCACAUACAGCUUGGACUACCUCCUCUUCAACCAGCACAGCUGCAGCAACUACUACAAGAGCAGCAUCUUCAGCAGCAACUGUUCCAGCAGCAGCAACAGCAGCAAACCACAGAUAACUUGCCACGUGGCCAGUCUUUGGCCAGUAUGCACCUGGGUCAAACUCAUGUUGUUCUUCACUCGCCUCCCAUCAUGCUCAGUGGCAGUACUGGCAGUGGCCAGAUAGUGACUGUGAGCAAUGUUGCUGCCUCCAGUGCAGGGGCUUCCUCCCCAGUCACAUCUGCCAACUCUGUUUCAUCUAUCAUCAUGACCCCUGGUCUGCCUGGAGGUGUGCUGUCCAAUGGUCAGCAGCUUCAUUUGGGCUCCAGCCAGCUGGUCAGCUUAUCAACCUCUUCAGUGGUUACACAAGCUCCCAACCCAAGUCCCAGUCACAAUCCCCAUUCACACCUGUCCCUCAACCAAAGCUCUGAGCAGCAGCCAACCACCUUGUCCGGUGCUAGCCUAGCCACCCUCAUUUCCACAUCAUCUCCUUCCCAGCACUACAUGGAGCUGGCACAGCAGCAUCUUGUAACAUCCUCUGCUGAAACUCUGUCUAUGGGAGAGGCAGUGGAUGUACAGGACUCCACCAUGUGUCAGCUGAUGAGUGACUUGGAGGGAGGGAUUGGGUCAGAGCUCUUGCAGAUGCCCAACCCUCAUGUUGGAGGCCAGGGGCUUGUGGGUGACAUACUCUCGGGAGGUAUGGUGCUAGGCCAGCAGUCUAUGGCCGAGAAACUCCCAGGGUUCCAGUCCUUUCAAUCACUUAUUUCCACCCAGGGGAGGCUCACUCCACCAUCUGGAGGACACAUUCUGCUGGAUAGCAUCAAGCAAGAUGUCAUGCUUUCCUCAGCAGUGAGCACACAGCCACAUCCAAGUGGCAGUGGAGAAGCUGCCUUGGAACACUUCACAGGCAACCCCAGCAGUGGCACACAUGCCUCCUCCAUCAAAAAUACUCAUUCAGAACUGAAAAGGAGACUUUCAGCUGACAGUAGACUCUCUGUGGCUUCCACUUCCACACUCACCACCAUGCUCAGUAAAGGGGCUUCCUAUCCAGGACACUAUUUAAAACCAGCUAAUGAGGAGGAGAAUGGCAGCAACAGUGGGGUAACUGCAGCAGCACGGGUGAGAAUGCGCAGCAAGUCUGGGGACAUUCACAAAUUUAUGCGGUCUAAGAGUGUGGACCACUCGGUCAUGCGGCCACGCAGCAGCACGGAAGAAUCUAUCUACCGGCCGCGGAAGCGCAGUGGGGAUGAGACUUUUAUCGGCCGCUCCAAAAGCCAUGGGGAGGAUUACCUGUCUCAGUCGGAUGGGGCUGGUGUAUUUCGCAACCCCGGUUCUCUCCCUAGCCCUUUCAAGAUCAAGCGCAAGCAUCGGCCCACCCCUCUCUUUAUUCCAACCUGCUUCAGCAGCUUCCAGAGCCGCCUGCGCUCUCCUCGCUUGUGGGAUGGUGGUGACACCAAGGGACGGGGUCACACACCACCACCUUACACUCCUCCCCCAAUGCUGAGCCCCAUCCGCAGUGGAUCGGGUCUCUUCUGGACAAUACAGAGUGCCAGGCCUCUCACUCCACAGUCAGCUCCAGUGUCAGCUCGGCUUUCUCUGAGCCGACGAGGAAGUUUUGUGGAAGCCACACCUGAUACCAUUCCAAAAGACGUAGAUGAAUCUCCACCUCCUGAAACAGACAUCAAGCCUCAUGUCAAUGUUGGUGUACAGUACCAGGCAGAAGUACCUUCUCUAAUUGAGAACCGUAACUUAGCCUUUGUCACCGAGAGUAAGGAAGACUUAAUGUGGGAUCCAAGCAUUCUCAACAUCAAUACUGAGGAAGAUGUUCAAAGCUACCAGGACUUUGCCUGCUGUGCAGCAGUCAAAGGCAAUGGGUCAAAUGUUGAGUAUGCUCUCCACCUCCUUUAUCUGUCUCAGGGUGACAUUCAGAUGGCAAUGCUUAUGCUGAUGAGCGACCCUCCUCUCUUGCCACCCAAUCAUGGACUGCUGUCUUACAAGUAUCAGGAGACUGAAUCCUGGAAAUCCAGUGAGAUUGAAGCAUUCCAUCAGGCAUUAAAUGAGUUUGACAAGGAUUUCUUCAAUGUUGCUCGACGGGUUGGCUCAAAGUCAGUUAAGGAGUGCAUUCAGUUCUAUUACCUGUGGAAGAAAGUGUGUCCAGAUGAUUACAAACGUCUGCGAGUUUCACGGCGCAAGAGGAUUCAGAGUGGGCUUUACAAUCUGAGGUCUCAACAGCCCAAUAGCUUGGGAGCAGAGUCUGGCCACGAGCAGGUGCAGGAUGCUGGUCUCACCAACCCCCAUGAUGAGUUUGAAUACGAAGGCAGCGACUCAGAUACUGAAGAUCAAAAUCACACCAGUGGCAUGGUGGCAUCAGAUGCCAUGCUUCCAGAUUUGGCAGCAGAAGCAGAACUGUCAUCAGUUGCAUCAUCUCCGGCCGCUCCCUCUUCCCUCAUGCACGGACAAGAAAUGACAAAUAUCAUGACUCACAUGGCCUCCAUUACCUCUACUUCCAUGCCAAACACCCCACCUAUGGUGCUGCCUCACACUACGUCCUCAGUCAUGGUGUCUAUGGCACCAGUAUUGCCACCUUUGAUCCCAUCUACACCACCUCCGGUGCCCGCACCUCCACCACCACCAGCUUUUGUGUGUGAUUAUCAAGGCUGUGGUGCUACGUUAAAUUCCAAGCAAAGCCUGAUGCGACAUAUGCGGCGACAUCUAAAGGAUACAGAAGAGAGUAGUCUUCCCCGACCACCCCGACCAAAGCCGCGACCUUCUACUCCCAGCAAAUCUCCCAUCUAUGACCAGCAUGGGGAGGAGAUCUUUCCAUGCAAGCUGUGUGACAGAGUUUUCACUAAAGUCAAGUCGCGCAGUGCCCACAUGAAGAGUCACAAGAUGGCAGAGGCAGAAAAGAAACUUCCUACUGCCAGCAUUGGAUUUAUUAACCCAACACCACCAAGCCCAGUGGAGGACAGCUAAAUUGUGUUCAUCACUUGGUGCUUGGUUGUCUGGCAUUGCUGUUGAAGUCCCUAUUGUUUUGUGCAGCUGUGGUUUGUUACCUGAAUUUUUUUUUUUUUUUAAAGAAAAGACAAAUACUUUGGAGUGCAGCUUAUUUAGAUAAAAGCAGGUCUUCUUUACCAUUUAUGUCUGUGUCAGCAGAUGUUCUUGACAUGUUCUUCAAAAUGCCUUUGAUCUCGGAUCUCACGAAAUCGUAGAAAUUUCCUCUUUUUUUUAAAAAAAAAAAAGAAAAGAAAAAACGCCCACUUCAUUGACAUGUGAAACCACUUCAGGAAUGUGCUCGGCUGAGCUGUGAAAGUGUGAUUUUACUGUGCUUUUAUUUCACUUUUGUUUGAAGUAAACUGCAUUUUAGAGGGAUGCCUGUGACUGUAGGUUGAGCAUUUCAGGAUAUUGACAGAAACUUACUAUGCACCAAAGAUGGGUGCUAUUUUGACAUUCAAGUUUGUUUGCACUUACAUACGUGAGUGGAUGAUUGCAUGCAUAUUUUAGUGAGAGAAGGCAAGCUAUGUUCAUGCAUGUUGGGGUGGGUACGGUGUUGUGUAUGUGCAUACUCAUGCAUCUAAAUUCGCCUGUGCUAGAUGAGGCUACAUGAGCAGGCGCCUGCUCACGUUAUGUCAGAAAGAAGUAUUGGCAGCAGUAUUGUGCUUGAGGUUUGCUUGUUCCUGGUCCAUGUGCUUAAAUACAGAGAACAUUGUUAAGAGAAUUUUAAGAGGAGAAAGAAGAAGUGGGUGGGUGGGAGGGAAAAAGGUGCAGGUGAGUUGUCUUUGCCUCUUCAGUGUGCCGUCAGGGUUUUUGUUUGCGUGCACAUGUGGCAUAUUUGUGAAAAGGGAGGUAGGGGAGAUAUUACUGUUUUGAGUUACCAGCAUUGUUAUUUUGUGGAAACGAAGUUAAUGCUGAUGUCAAGUUUUGUAUUGCAAUUUUGGUACCUUGCUCUUGUCAGAGUAAGUCGACAGCAGCUGUUUGUGGUGGUGUCUGUGCUGAGAAGCGCAACAUUGCAGUCAACAAUGGAGUUUUUACGGUGCUAUUUGGCUAGAUAUACUUUACUGUGGCUGAGUCUAGAGCCAGAAGUGUGAAUUGUACGUCUUGUAGUCAUGCACAUGCAUUCACAGAUGUGUGAGUGUGCAUGUGCGAUUAAUUCAAUGUCUGACAGAAAGAAUGAAAUUUGGAGUCAGCAGUGUCAAAGACAGGCUUUUACCUAACACUCACUGAUAUGGUAAGAGUUUCACCUGCAAAAUUAUAAAUGUGUGCACAUAAAAAUUGUCAUCACAUAUGUGAUUUGAAGGAGGGUCCAGAUUAGUUCUUGAGCAGUGAGGUGAUACUAACAAUUUGAUAAACAGUGACUGUAAGCCUAGGGACAGUUGUAUAGGUUUAGUGUUCAUUGCAUUUUUUUUCCUGUAAUAUUUAAUAUUUUUGAGAUUGAAAUGUUUUGCUUUAGUAGAACACUGCCUGUGUCCCUGUGCUGUGACUGUCACUUUAAUGCUUUAGAAAGGAGACAUUACACAAACUGCAACACAUUCAGCAUUUGGCAGUAACUCACAUUUUUCAGUGGUAAAGUUCAGGAAGAGCUUCAUCCCAUCUUCCUAGUUAAUUUCACAAAAUGUGGACAUGUUCCCACAAUUUAGAUAUGCAAGUCUGCAUAUUUUCUUUCCUGCAAGACUUGUAUAAAUGGAGAAUGUUGGAGUGGGGGUAAUGAUGUUUGCCACAAGAAAUUGCUCUGUUGGAGCCAUUGUUCAGCAGUAGAAAGGUGGUUAGCAGCAAAGAGGCUGGAGUACAUUGCGUGAUAUAAAGAGAUACUAUGCCAGUGUAGGGAGAAUGCUAGACAUGCCCUCUUCUUUAUUGUGAGUGAAGGGUCAUGUUGCAUGUUUCAGGCUCAAAUACCUCUGCUGCAUGUAAUGUAAACUGAUGCAACAUUGCAGUUUAAGCCUGCAAGGUUUUAUAUUUUGAGUGUUUAUAAAUGGUUGAACUGGCAAGAAGCAGUGCAUUCUGAGCAUUUUAAAUAUAACCGACAACUGUUUAGUCAAAAAUUAAUAUGGGAAAGGGUUUGCAGAGAUAACGUGUAAUUGUCCCUUUGCUGACCUAAGAGCAGAUGAUGAUGAGUGCUUGUGUGUCUCGAUCUAAGUAAGCAAAUCUCAACAUUUUUUUUUUCUUUUUAAGUUUGACAUGCUUCAUUUGUUUUAAUCAUCCGAAGUACUGCAAUUCAUAGGUAGUUCUUACCUGGGUAUUUGUACAGAUGUUUGUAUAUACAAACUAUUUCAACAGUCUGCAUGAUCUCAGAUUUUAAAACGUGUAUUGAGAUAUAAGUUCAUUGAUUUUACUUCAUAGUAGGUCCACCACACAUUCUGAAAUUAAGAGGACAACAAGGCCUUAGCCAUUUCUGAAUUAACCUUGUGGUUCUAAAAAUACUCCCUAAAGCUUUAAAGAUGAAAGAAGGGCAGUGGUGCCUUUCACUUGCAGGCAUGCUGGAGCUGGGAGUCUAAAACAUGGAUUGUGAUUGGUGAUCUUAAUGGACUGGUUGGUGGCAGCCAUCAUGUGGGUACAGGGAGGUCAGAUUAUUGGUCAAUGUGCAGCUGCUUUUGGUUUGCUAAAUAGAAUGCAAUUUUCGUGAAGUACAGCUCCACAAGGCAGCUGCUGCUUUCUGCAGCUUCUAGAGGCAGCAUUCAUCUGCACGGUGAUGUUGUUUUCUCCCUCCCAAGAUCCCUUCACUUGCCAGAGACAAGAAAGUCUUUAAUAUUGCAAUCAUACCAAAGUGAAGACCACAGACCUACUUGCUAAUUAGGAAUAAUAAUUGUUGGACUUUUUGCAUGUUUUAAGAUAGGGUUGAUUGUUUCUUUUAUACGCCUUUUACACCUCUCAAUUUAAUCUUAGUCACCAGCACACCUCCAUAAAUCCACCCCUUUUGACAUGUCAGUGUAAAUUGUGUUUUUAAAUUUAAAUUUUAUUUUUACAGCUAUAUGCUAUGCUGAUUGUAGGAGAAAAGAAUAGGUAAGCAGGUUCUUGAUUGUAAGGUAUGAAAGACUUGUGGCUACUGCUAUUUGAUCCUGUGAGGUCUUCAUUGGUUGUUAAAAUGGCAUCAUCAUGCCAGUAAGUGCACAAAGCUAGUGCAGCAGAUAUUUUUUAGAGAGCAAAAGUUCUCCCCUCCAACCCUCCAUUCAUUUUGAAAUUACCUCGACGAUAACAUUUUCAAGCUCCAUGAAAUACAUAAACCAUGAGUUUUAAAAAAGAAAUAUUUAUUGCAAUGAGAAAAUCAUUAUUUCAUGAUAGUCACAUAAAACAUCAAUCAUAACAGGUAGAUUUACCAAGAAGGUUUAGUCUGGGUCUAAGUGCAAAAAAAGUUCCCUUAGCGAGGGAAAUAACAAAUAGACUCAAAUACAUUGGCAAGAUGUAAGAUGAUGUGCUGAUCUGUUUUUUUAACUGUCCAUAAGAAUUAUGUUUCUAACCUCACAUUGUGUACUUCCAAACAAACAGCAAAUCAUGACAAAGGUACAUGGGUAAGGUAACACAUUACCAUGCAAAUAUGAGUCUGCCUGGCCAUAUUUCAUGCCAGCAUCGUCAUUUUAGCCAGUUUUGUGGUAGUUUUGUGGCAAAGUGGUUAUGCUUCAGAAAAGCUCUACAUCUGCAUGUUGAAGACUAGAUAAGUCUUUGCAGCAUUAAGUGAAAGUCUUCGCCAUUUGCACUAUCAUGUCACCAUUAUUUUUCUCUUUAUUGAAAAUUUUCCUGCCAUGCUAGAUCAUGUAUAUCCUUUUUUUCUGCCUAUGGUGCUUAAACACAAAUAGGAGGAGAGUUGUAAAACAAUAAGCUGUUUAUUUCUCCUACUGACAGCCUCCAUAGCUUUGUCUUUCUCAUCCACUUGUGUGCACACGUUAGCCUGCACGUGCAACUGGAGAUGCUAUUCCAUGAUGCUAGGCAGCUAUACAAGGACAAUGAUGUGUGAGGAAGUGAUACAGAAAUGCAACAUUGGUGCAUCCCUCAACAGAAGUCUGCGUAUCUGUUAACUAUGUUAAUUAACCUCACUAGUACAAAACCCUCCCACCCCCUGCCCCCCACUUACACAAGUUUUGCAUUGCAUUCUUCCACUUCUUUAUUUUCUUUGAUAAGCACAAACAUGAAGGUUCUUUGUUCAUAGGAAGAACACUUUGAUGCAGUAACUUGUACACACUGCCUUUCUUUUCCUGUCACCUCCACAGUAUCAUUCAAAGCCAUUGUGCAAACCAGUUUGAAUUAGGGAAAGGGUUCCGUCGGCCUAGGCUAUUCAUUGAGGCGCAGAAAGACUCAAAACUUCAGCAGUAGUACUGACUUCACUGGAGCACCGGAACUGAUUAAGCACUGGAACAGAGAGAGCUGUUUUUUCAGCUGCUUUUUUUUCCACAUGAUCAUUCAAUACUUUUUUUUUUUUCCUGUUUUGUUGCAUUCGUUUAUGUAUAAAGUGCCACCAUUGCUGAUACUUUGUAGUCAGCAGAUUAAAGCAUUCCUGCUGUCUAAUUAUUUAUGGUUCUUUGACUGUAACUUUUUUUUUUUUUUUUGCAUGAUUCUGCUUUUUUUUUUCAGUACAAAGAAGCUAGUGGAUGCCCCACCCUCUUAUUAUGACAAAAAGCACAAGUGGAUGCUAAGAUAUGUAUAGCACGUUGUCCUUCUGGGGAUGAGGAAAAUAACAGCAAAGAGCAUGUCGAUGUAUUAUCUUCUCCACUUAAGUACCCUCCCCCACCAGCUAUUGCAGCACUUAACACAAAACACCCCUUGUCUCCAUCUCAGAGGGAGGGGUGGUCUGCGUUGUUGUGUAAGAAGUCAUUCCAUGCACGUUCAUGGGUGCGUGCAUCUGCUUGUAGCAGACAUCAGAUAACUGAGUGAUUCUCUCACAAAAAUAAAUUUGAUAAAGAUAUUUUCAACUUUGCACUAAACUGCAGCUUAAAGCUCUCUAGAACUGUAUUGUCAGAAUAUUCCUGCAUUGUGCAGAUUUUUAUUCUUUGUUGCCUGAUCAUAUUUAUUAUCAGCCAUUUGAUAUCAAAAAGAUAUUUUUGGCAGCCAUUUAACCCAUUGUAGCUCAGUACUUUUUUGGAGGGUCAGCUUACGAGAAAGUGCAUUGUGGCAAUUUUUCCUUCAGCUCCCUUCUCUUCAGUUUCUUUAAGAUUAUCUUGCGAUUGAAACUGUUAUUCUCACAGAUUCGGGGAAUUGGUAUCUUGCUUGGAGCUAAAUUCAGAUGUUUGAAAAUAAGUUCUUAUUUGGGUUAACCUUUGCGCUUUAUCAUUAUCAAUCAUAUAAAUUAUGCCUAAUGUCAUGUCAGUGCAUAUUUUGUGUAGAAGGGUCGGUGGCUGUCACUUAUCAUGGAAAGGGGAAGGGAAAUGUGCUCACGUUUCAAUCAUUUUCAAAUUUUAAAUGAUGAUUAGGCCACUUAACAUAGAUUUCCAGGUCAUUCUUGAGACCAGAAUCCAGCUGCAGUUGCUGUGUGUACUUGCUGUAAACAAUGUCGUGAUGGUCUACAUACUCCAUGUAUCAGCAUCACUGUGGUGAAAUUUACACUACUGGAGUUAAAGCAAUACUACAAAAACCAAGAACAUUGUGGAGCACUUUUUCUCCUAGCAGCAGGGGCCUUUUCUUGACAUAAUAGGAAGCUUGAUGGCAGUGUUUGGUUGUUGAUUCUCACACAGAAUGUGCUUGCCAGUCUUUUCAUAUUAUUUUGGUUUUUUUUUAAAAAAAUACCUUUGCUGCAUGAAGGAAUUUUUAGAAUGCAGCCUUUCUAAUUUAUGCUCGCUCAUAGUCCAUAAUAGUACAGAAUUUUUUUCUCAUCAUCUGCUGUGUGUUGCUUCGUUUAACAGCUGGGCUGCUCUGUUGCAAGUACUUUGUAGUGGUGAUGGUGGUCAGAAGAUAAGGAAAAUUGAAUAAUCCUUGGUCCCCUUUAGCGUAUCAGUGCUGAUUGUCACAACAUAUUCAUUGCGUGAAAGAAAAAGAUGGAAAAAGAUAACAUUUUUCUCAAAAUGAAGAGCUAUAAGCAGUAGAAAGUCUUUAAACCAUGAUCAAAAAUCAUGCUGUCAACCAGAAAAAAAAUUUGCAGUAAGGUUAUUGCCACCCAUAUUUUCUUGACUUGUACAGCAGACAAGUUUGUAAAGUGCGUCAGAUAAUUACUUCCACUUGAUGUGUUUUUGUGUGUGUGUGUGCUCAUGUGUGUGUGGCAACAUCUUUGUUGUCUGGGUAAAUUAUGUGACGUGUGGAGGAGCACAUUCUUAACCAUGAUCACACUGAGUUUGUUGACAUCAGCAAAGUAGUGGUGGCUUUGCUGCGUGUGCGCGUGCCUUUUGUCGGGAUGGUGUAGAUAGGUACUGGCCCUGCAAGAGAAACAUGGCGUAGAGGGUCUGUCUCGCAUAAUCAUGCUCCGCUCAGCACCAGCAGUGCCCAGGAAGAGUGUAGGUCUGUGGUCCUGUGUUUGAACUGUGAAUGUACAGUCAUUAUGUACAGUGUUGUUUCCAGUGCCAUCCGCUCUUCCCGUCUUGCAUGCUGUUUCCUCUUUCAUACCUUUUCCUUCCUUCUCUACCUCUGUCCCCUAUUUUCCAUGGCCAAUUAAGUCCCUCCCUUGCUCUCGGACGAUUGAGCAAGAUAGUAAUAUCAACAAUACGUGCAAGCAGCAUGCAGAGGGGAGCUGUGGGUCACUUUGUGGUAACUGGCCGAGCGUGCGGCAGGUGACCGCCAUUGUUUUUUUGGUGCUGUUUAGUCCUCACAGCACCUCACUGCAUGCAGCAGCAGGUAUUGUGGAAUGUGCAAUGCAACCAGUACCUUGUACAAAGUAGCGCCCACAUCAGAAAGUGUAUUUUAAAUGAUGCCAAGCUCACAAAUGAUUCCUGUUGGGUUACAAAGCAAAAUUGUGUGUGUGUAAAAUAGCAUGUUUUACUGUCGUUACCAUUUUGGGAAUCAGUGGUUUGUAUGGUUUGUGGUCAUGAAGUGGUACCUGCCUGCCAAUGUUACAGUGGGGAAGGGGGUACAUUUGUCUUCUUCCUGUUCUACUUAUUACUUUCACUUAGUACUGUUGUAGUGUGCUGUAGGUUUGCCUAGAAAUGUCAUAAUUAGAACAACUUUUUAAGUGCACAGUUUGUAUAGAUUUUUUAAAACUUUAAAAGUAAUAUAUAUAUACACAUAUAAAUAUAUAUCAACUGACAGAUAAGAGGAUUUUUAUGGCUGUUAAAAUAAUGUUGACAUUGUAUUUUGAUCGUGUCCUACUGCCUCAACUCUAGUCAUGUAAGCUAGAGAGAAGUUUUUUAGUUAAUGAAAUGGAAAGUCUGGAUGUAUGCCUUUAAAAUGUCUUAAUAGUGUGCUUUUAAGAUGUCUCUUUGAGAAAAAAAAAGUCUCGUCUCUUCCUCCCCCAUUCCCUGCCACUUUUGUAUUUCUUUCUUCCUUUUAUCCAACUUAAUCUUGUUCUGCAUAGACAUGUCCAAAGUCAUUGUGUUAUUAAAUGUUGAGAAAUUUGUUGAUGGUACUUGUGGUUUAGAUGCUAAAAAAAAACAACGGAAGUUAAUGUCUUUUUGUACCACCACAGUGAUUGCAUUUUAUUUGCUUUUCCUACUGGUCAGGAUAUUUUUGUUCCUCUCAUCACUCUUUUCCUUUUCUUCCGCUUUCUUUCCCAUUGUUCUUGUGAGUUGUUUCUACCUGUCUCGUGCAGUUGCAGAGGUGUUAACAAUUUCAGCAUAAAGGUAUUUUGUCUUUCUCCCAUCUUCCAUGCCUUGCACUAUAGGGAAGAGGGUGGGGUUAGGAGAGGGAGAGAAUCCUAAUCAGGUUGAAGAAUAUGAAACUGACACUGCUAGAUUGUGAUACUUUACUAAUGUUAUAUAUCAUAGUUUGUUUGUUUUUGUUUUUUUUUUUUGAAAAAAUCAAGCAUAUCUUAAUAUGGCGCCACCAACAGAGAUAGAGGUUUAUAUUGAAAGCAUGUUGCAGAUACCACAGUCCCUUCCUUUGGGGAGCUCUGAGUAGAUGGGACAGUCCAGAAGACCGGUUUGUCUUAGAGUGUGGGUCUUUAAAAGCUUUAGGCAUCCUAUUUACAGCAAGAAAUUAAGAAAAUUUAGUGUCAGAAGACAGGGAUCUAGACUUUAUUUUUGCUUUUAAAACAUGCAGGCAUCAAACAGAGAUUAGGAUCAAGCGCACUUCUGUGGCUUCUCAUGGGUGAAUUGGGAAACAUUUUGAUAAGAUCUUACCAAAUAAUGUCUGAAAGUAAAUAAGCAUAUUCUUCAUAGAGGUUGAGGAAGGAUAUGCUUCAUGAUAAAUAUGCUGUCAUCUGUAUCUUGCCUGCUGGCACUUGGCUCAAAAUUCCUGUAAGGCGUGAGUGGUGUAAAAGUUUUGAGCUGAUGCAGGAAAAGAAUCCCUGCUUGAAAAGGCAUGAGCUUGUAAAAGAUUUUGCUGGUGUGGUGCUGUGGUAGUCCUGGGAUCCACAAACCAAAAUUAAUAUUUUUUUAAACAUGCUGAGCCCAUAUUUUCUACAUUUUUAUUUACAGUAUUACAUAAACGUAUACUGUGACCAAAGCAAUGUAAGAAAAACUAAUUUUUAAGGGUUGGGGGGAAGAAGGCUUUUGCUUGUAUAAAUCCAUUAUCAAGUUUGUGAAUUUUUUUUUUAGUGGAUGUACUUCAUGCUUUAACAUGCUAAUGCAUGGUGUUCAUCAAACUGUAGAAAUUUCUUUGUUCUAGGCUUUGUUCUUUUCAACAUCUUUCAGGAGCAGCAUUUAGUAAUCAUGAAAUUUUUAUACCUUGCUUUAGUGUGACGUUGCACCAAAAUAUUGGUAGCUCAUUUACUAUUUACUUCCUGCCUCCUAAUUUAUAAACUGUUUUUUCUUCAACUUUAUUAAGUGGCAUGACCAUUGUCCUUGGCCCAUAAAAGUGUCGUUCCAUCAGCUGACCACCAGUUUUUGUUCUACAGCUGCUUUUUACAAUCAAUUACUUUGCUGUCAUGUCACUCGGUCACGGUUUGACUUUGGCACACCAUUGUUUAGGUCUUUUCUGCUGUGUCUUGGAAAGAUUUGCCUCUAAUAUUUUCACAUUUUGGUGGAAUGUGAAGUGACCCUGGUUGGUCUCCUUUUGUCUCAUCUGUAAUUGUCUGCUGUGGUAGGUUUACCCUUCUGCAGUUCUUUUGCCAAGAGAAUUCGGCAUGCUGAAGCUGCACUUCUUCUGUGGAUCAUCCUGCUAAUAGGUUGAAGUUGGAUAUUGUCUUUUGGUGAGACUUACUAAACGAUAACAUGAAACCUUCUCUCCUUCCUGCUAUCUCAGCUGUGCCAGCCAUGCUAUGAAAACUGGUGGUCAACUGAUAGCAUGGCCUGUUUUAUAGGCCAGUGGGGGUAAUUUAUGGUCAAUAACUAGCACUUCUGCUGUGAGAGGGAGUUGUGCAGGUGAAGAUGUAAGAGGUAGUGAAACUCCUGUGGUCAUGUCAUCUAAUAAGUCUUUAAGAAAAACAUUAAAAUCUUAUAUAAAAUCACAAGGUUUUUGGUGUAGGAAGUUAGAAGUAAUGGGAAACCUGACAAGAGAACAAAACUGGAUUCAUCAUUUAAAAGGUUCAAAUCAAAUCAAAUUUUCGAAGAAGCAUCACAGAAGUUGCAUCAUAGAUUGAGUUUUUUGUGGAAAUGUUGAUAAUUGUCUAAGUGACUCAUGAGAAGGUAUAAAAAGAGAUGUUCAUUCACCUGUGAACUCUACCUUUAGCAUCCCUUGAAUUCACUCCUGACUACCACUGCAAGUUAAGUAUUCAUUUUUUGGGGGAGGUAGGGGUGUUUCAAAAGUGCAUUGUAGAAUGCAUCAUAGGUUCUUUUUUUACUUAUGAUCACUUCUUAAUGUAUAAGUACUUUUUUGAUCAAGAGUUGGGAGAAGGUUUGCAAGUUUAAGUGAGAACAAACAGGAGCAGGAUAGCGAGAUGUGCAAAUUGCUAUACACAGCGUUUCCAACACAGUUCACAAGAUACAGGAUAAAAAAAAAUUCCAAGAUUCUCUGGAGGAUUAUUCUAAAUCCUCUCGGAGAAGAGAAAAGAGUAGUAUUUUAUAAGGUUUUUAAAGAAAGGAUGAUCAAUCUAAAUGUAUACUUUUAUAUUGCAUGAUGUUUGGAGCUGUAAUAUGUGCUAAAGGAAGUUCUGUGCCACUGCCUUAUGUUCUAGAAUCUCACUUCCUCUCUUUUUCUCCAUAUCUGUCCUUGUGUGAGUGUGCAAUGUAGUUGUUUUAGUCAGGUCUUCUAUGCGAACCAUGUACAUAGCAGCAGACACACUUUUGUCUCACGCUGAAACCAUUUUGCAACUACAGUAAUGGUGCUCCUUUUCCUCGCUCCCAGCCACAGGCUCAUUUCCUGCAGGGAGAAAAAAAAACAGCUGACAACAUAAUGCUCUGAUUGUUUGUGAUGUGUAGCCUUAAAACAGAUGCUGCGGGUCAUUAUGCUUCAACACUGAUUUCCCCCCUCCCCCUGCGUUAUUACAUUUUUAAAAUCCUUGUACCUCCCCUGGAGCAUUCUGUUUGAAAAAGCCUUUGUGUGUGUGGGGAGGGUUGUUUGGGGUUUUUUUUUAAUUACUGGCCCUCUUGAAGGUGACUGCCUGAUUGACUGCUUGUUUUUGUCAGAAAAUCCCUCCCUCUAGGUUUUUAUUUUUAAACUUGUUUGUCGGGCUUCUGUUUGCCUGUCAUACAAAACACCCGUCAGCUUGUAUUUAGUCUUCUUCACUACCCUUUCGCUCACACCUAACAAUAGUUUCUCUCUUUCCAUGUGAGUGCAUGAGCGCACGCGGGUAUCUGUAUGUGUGUGUGUUGGGGUAGUAGUCCCUUCAACACUUAGUUUCCCUCAGGAGUCGCGUACAUGGAGAACAUUUCGCCAUGAUGAAUUAUUGCUCAGAACGCUGUCCAUAUGUUUGCAUGCCGUACUGUACGGUGGUACGUUGUGUCACUGAUGCAGCAACUUGUUUGUGGGGAUGGGGAGAGGGAGGGAGGGAGGUUUUGAGUGUAAUGAAGUGGAGGUCAUGUGCAAACAUGACGGGUCUUGUAUGUUGUCAUCUUCGCAAGAGAAAUAUCAACCAAAACCAUUAAGUAUUUUUUUUUUUUUGUUUUGUUGAUGCACGUUUAAGGUUACUCGUGUUCAGUAAUUUGUAAAUAGACUGUAAGCACUGACAACAGACACUACAAGGCACAUACAAGCCGCGCUAGCUAACUGGUCGUUGGAGAAAGGACGCUGGUAGGGAGGGUUCUCAAGGAGCGGUGGCUGCAAAGGGUGAUGUUCCUGUAACUUUUUUUAAAAGAGGCAGCAAUGUGUACUCGUCGUGUACAUCAGUAAUUCAUUAAAAGAACAAAAUAAGAUCAUAAUAAUAUUACACCACAUUUUUCAGGUGCUCAUUUCAUAACAUUUUCCGUGGGUCUUUUUUUUUUUUUUUUAAUUAUUUUUGUAAUUUGUGGGUUUCCCCCUCAAGCUUCAGUUGUUCAUAGUCUUGACCUCUUCUGACCCCUGUUCAUCCUCUCGCGUUCUUUGCGCCUUUCUCACGAUUGUUCAUAUCACCUGCAUUGUGUUUGGAUAUUGUGUGACUGUGAUGUUGUGGUUUCAGUGGACGGUGUGAUAACCCUUGACAUCUGCGCACCUCUUCAACAUCUCUUGUUCUUAAGGUUGGAACGUUGCGUCUUGGCCAUUUCAUAUCUCUAAAACAUUUUUACCAUAAUAACAUCAUUUUUUAUUCAGGAAACAUUGUAUUGUGAUUUCUAGUGAUUAUUUUCCGUUCGCUACUUUUUAAAAGCAACGCAAGAUACCAUACUUUUUGUACAUUUUAAGAGCAGUCGUGUAGAAAGAUGCUACUAUGGUAUGUUGUGGAGUCGUGACUUUUUUCCUAAAAAAAAAAAAAAAAAUAAACUGAUGCACGUUGGAACUUUGAUAAUGUAUGUCUAUUGUACUGCUCUUCUGUGUGAUUAAAGCUUUAAGAAUGCUU